UCCGGCUAGAGCGGGACAGGUCACCCACCGCCAGUCAGAGUCCUGGGUGGAGAUCCGGGACGGCUAGCUGCGUGCGUCGGUCCUCCUGUCCGCGGCGGCACCCGGCGGAGGAGGCAAGCACGCGGGCCCGCAUAGGUCGCCGAACCUCUUCAAGCCCCACAGCGCCCUAGUCCGCCGCCAGGCCUUGAUUUUUUUGGCGGGGACAGUCAUGGCGUCCCAGAUAAAUUCCUCCGCGAAGAAGAAAGAGGAGAAAGGGAGGAACAUCCAGGUGGUGGUGAGAUGCAGACCAUUUAAUUUGGCAGAGCGGAAAGUUAACGCCCAUUCAGUAGUGGAGUGUGAUCACGUUCGAAAAGAAGUUAGUGUACGAACUGGAGGAUUGGCUGAUAAGAGUUCAAGGAAGACAUAUACUUUUGACAUGGUUUUUGGAGCAUCUACUAAACAAAUCGAUGUUUACCGCAGUGUUGUUUGUCCAAUUCUGGAUGAAGUUAUUAUGGGCUAUAAUUGUACUAUCUUUGCGUAUGGCCAAACUGGUACUGGAAAAACUUUUACUAUGGAAGGUGAAAGGUCACCUAAUGAAACAUAUACCUGGGAGGAGGAUCCUUUGGCUGGUAUAAUUCCUCGAACCCUUCAUCAAAUUUUUGAGAAACUUACUGAUAAUGGUACUGAAUUUUCAGUCAAAGUGUCUCUGUUGGAAAUCUAUAAUGAAGAACUUUUUGAUCUUCUUAAUCCAUCUUCUGAUGUUUCUGAGAGACUACAGAUGUUUGAUGAUCCCCGCAACAAGAGGGGAGUGAUAAUCAAAGGUUUAGAAGAAAUUACUGUACAUAACAAGGAUGAAGUCUAUCAAAUUUUAGAGAAGGGGGCAGCAAAAAGAACAACUGCAGCAACUUUGAUGAAUGCAUACUCUAGUCGUUCCCACUCAGUUUUCUCUGUUACAAUACAUAUGAAAGAAACUACAAUUGACGGAGAAGAACUUGUUAAAAUUGGAAAGUUGAACUUGGUUGAUCUUGCAGGAAGUGAAAACAUUGGUCGUUCAGGAGCAGUUGACAAGAGAGCUCGGGAAGCUGGAAAUAUCAAUCAAUCUCUGUUGACUUUGGGAAGAGUUAUUACUGCUCUUGUAGAAAGAACACCUCAUGUUCCUUAUCGAGAAUCUAAACUAACUAGAAUCCUCCAAGAUUCUCUAGGGGGCCGAACAAGAACAUCUAUCAUUGCAACAAUUUCUCCUGCAUCUCUCAAUCUUGAGGAAACUCUGAGUACACUGGAAUAUGCCCAUAGAGCAAAAAACAUAUUGAAUAAGCCUGAAGUUAAUCAGAAACUCACCAAAAAAGCUCUUAUUAAGGAAUAUACAGAAGAGAUAGAGCGUCUGAAACGAGAUCUUGCUGCAGCUCGUGAGAAAAAUGGAGUGUACAUUUCUGAAGAAAAUUUUAGAGCCAUGAAUGGAAAAUUAACUGUUCAAGAAGAACAGAUUGUAGAAUUGAUUGAAAAAAUUGGUGCUGUUGAGGAGGAACUAAAUAGGGUUACAGAGUUAUUUAUGGAUAAUAAAAAUGAACUUGACCAAUGUAAAUCUGACCUGCAAAAUAAGACACAGGAACUUGAAACCACUCAAAAACAUUUGCAAGAAACUAAAUUACAACUUGUUAAAGAAGAAUAUAUCUCAUCAGCUUUGGAAAGUACUGAAGAGAAACUUCAUGAUACUGCCAGCAAGUUGCUCAACACAGUUAAAGAAACAACAACAGAUGUAUCUGGUCUCCAUUCCAAACUGGAUCGUAAGAAGGCAAUUGACCAACAUAAUGCAGAAGCUCAGGAUAUUUUUGGCAAAAACUUGAAUAGUCUAUUUAAUGAUAUGGAGGAAUUAAUUAAGGAUGGCAGCUCAAAACAAAAGGCCAUGCUAGAAGUUCACAAGACUUUGUUUGGAAAUCUGAUGUCUUCUAGUGUCUCUGCAUUAGACACUAUUACUACAGUAGCACUUGGAUCUCUCACAUCUGUUCCAGAAAAUGUGUCGACUCAUAUUUCUCAAAUUUCUAAUAUGAUAUUAGAAGAACAAUCAUUAGCAGCAGAAACUAAAACUGUACUACAGAAAUUUAUUAAUGAAUUUUCAACUGGCCUUCUAAGUUCACUGGAGAUAAUUUUAAAACCUGCUGUGGUGCAUAUAUUGGAGAUCAAUAGUCAACUGAAGCAUAGUUUCAAGACUUCAUUGACAGUGGCUGAUAAGAUAGAAGAUCAGAAAAAAGAAAUGGAUGGCUUUCUCAGUACAUUGUGUAACAAUCUACAUGAACUACAAGAAAAUACAAUUUCCUCCUUGGUUGAAUCACAGACACUUUGUGAAAACUUAAGUGAAGACCUGAAUACCAUAAAACAAACCCAUUCACAGGAGCUUUGCCAGUUAAUCAAUCUUUGGGCAGAGAGAUUCUGUGCUUUGGAGGAAAAGUGUAAAAACAUCCAGAAACCACUCAAGAAUGUCCAAGAAAAUACAGAGCAGAAAUCUAAGGAUAUAAUCAACAAAACAACUUUUCACAGUAAAAAAUUUGGUACUGAUUCUGAUGGCUUGUCUCAAGAACUCAGACAUUUUAACCAAAAAGGUAGAAAAUUGGUUGAAGAGUCUGUGAAACACUGUGAUACACUCAGUAGUAACCUGGAAAAAAUAUUUCAAGAGACUGAACAGAGAUGCAAGUCUCUGACCACAAGCACAGCUUGUUUUUCUGAACAGUGGGUAUCUUGCUUAAAUAAAAGGGAAGAGGAACUCCAGAACAUGUUGGAGGUUGUAAACCAAUGUUGUGAGACUUCAAGUUCAGAGAUCACUGAAAAAUUAAGUGGACAUAAAGAAGCUAAUGAGAACCAACAUAAUAUUUUUCUUGGUCAGAUAACUACUGAUGAAAAGCAGUUGAUAGUACAAAGUCUAGAGCUUAAUGAAAGUAUAAAAAUUGGCUUAUCUAAGCUUAAUUGCUUUCUGCAACAGGAUCUGAAACUGGAUAUCCCGACAGGCACAACACCACAGAGAAAGAAUUAUUCAUACCCAUCAACAUUAGUAAGAACCAAACCACGUGAACAGCUCCUUGAUCAGCUGAAAAAGAAUCAGCCUGAGCUGUUAAUGAUGAUGAGUUCAGAAAACAAUACAGAAGAAAAUAAUCAGGACAUGGAUGAAGAAAAGGCAGUUCUGGUGCAAUACAUUGAAGAACCUCUAAAUCAAGAGUCAUCUGUAGAUACCAGUGUGGAUUGUUCUUCAAGUGGUGGGGUUCCGUUUUUCCAGCAUAAAAAAUCACAUGGAAAAGACAAAGAAAACAAAGGCUUUAACCCAGUGGAGAGGUCUAAAGUGGAAGAAUCUACAGAGAACUCUGUUACAAAGAGCAGAUUACCAUUACGAGCCCAGAUAAAUAUUUAGUUAAUUUGAGAGUUGAUAUUAUUUUUAAGAAAAAUCAAAAAUAAAACCUGAAACCCUAGUACUUGAGCCUUGUGUACAGAUUAAAAAGGAGUAGAAUAUGUCAAGACAGUACAGUAAAUGUAGUUGAAUUUUAAUCAAUUGUUUGGUCAUCCCUAUAAUUUCUAUAUAUUAAGUUGGAUUUCAUUUGGGAUUUUUAUUGAGUAAGUAUGUUUCUUGCUUUUCAUAUAAAGUAGCCUUUCUACAACAAAUGAAAAGUAUUUUUCUUGUAUAUUAUUAAAUAUAAAACGUAUGUGAAUUGUGUUGUUUUAGGCUUGAACUUACAUAGAUAAAUAUUUCCAACACUUGGCCUUGGAAAAGACCAACUCAUUUAUUUUCUUGAUGAGACUUAUCUAUAUUUUCUUGCCUCUUCCAUAAACUCUGUUGCCUUCUCCUCAGCUUACUUUCUCCCUUUUAAUUUGUCACCAAACCAUAUGUUGAACUACAAAGUUUCCUUUUUUAUUAUGAGAAAACCAGAAUUUUACCCAGAAAUCUUAAACUAUUUUUCAGUGAUUAUGUCUAAAAUUACUGUUACUGAUAAACAUACCCCUGAGAGUAUCCCUUCCUUCAGGGAUAAUUUAAAAAAUGUAUGUAUAUAUAUAUUUAGUUUUAGGUG